ACGAUACGACAUUGAACGGGUGGAUUAUUAUUAUUAUUAAAGGGAAAGAUGCUUCGUUAUUUUAUUCGUUCUACCGAACUUUCAACCGGAAAAGAAGUGUUGUUACUAUCGACUUCAAAACGAUGGAGAAGUGCCCAGUUAGAACCAUCAACUUUAACGGAAAGUGCCCGUGAAAUCGGCUGGUCCGAUGCGUUGCCUUAUCAAAACAUACCCGGCCCGGGGGUUUGGCAGAUGUUUCGCGGUUUUGCUCCUGGAGGCCGUUACUACAAUGCAACACUGCCGGAAAUGCACAGGCGGCUGCGAGCAGACUACGGUGAUCUGAUAAAACUUCCGGCGGCCUUCGGUCGACCGGACAUUCUGAUGAGCUACUCGGCUGACGAUUAUCAGACGUUGUUCCGAACCGAGGGUCACUGGCCCGUCCGCCAGGCGUUGGAUUCGUUCGUGUACUAUCGGAAGGUGAUGAGGCCGCAUGUCUUCAAGAUGGGAGGUCUGGUGUCUGAACAAGGAGAAGAUUGGCAGCUACUCCGAAGUGUGGUGAAUCCCGUUCUGAUGCAACCGAAAACUGUAAAGCAGUACAUCGAGAAAGUGAAUGCAGUGACCAUGGAUUUAGUGAAAAUAAUGCAAGGAAUACGAGACGCCAAAAACGAGCUGCCUUCCGAUUUCAACAUGUGGCUCAACCGCUGGGCGUUGGAAACCAUUGGGGUCAUUGCCUUGGAUACGCGAUUUGGAGUACUAAAUGAAAGUCGGUCUCCCGAAACGGAAAAAAUGGUCGAUCUUUUAAGAGAACUGUUUGUGCUCAUAUACAAGCUCGAUAUAGAACCGUCACUGUGGAAACUUUACAAAACACCCAACUUCAAACGAAUGGUUAAGAUCAUGGAUGAGUUGACAGACAUUGUCAUGAAGAAGGUCGAUCAAGCAAUUCAACGAUUAGGACAAAAUCCAACAACCGAAAACUUGAGUGUUCUUGAGAAAUUGCUGAAAGUGAACCGAGAUGUGGCCGUUGUGAUGGCCGUCGAUAUGUUGAUGGCUGGAGUUGAUACGACAUCGUCAGCCACCGUUGGAAUUCUACACAGCCUAGCUACGAACCCCCGAAAAACAACAGAAGCUCCGGGAAGAGCUUCGCACCAUUUUACCUCGAAAAGAUUCACCCUUGACGGUGGAAAACAUGCGUAACCUACCGUAUCUGAGGGGCUUGCAUCAAAGAGGGAA